AUGUUCAAAGCCCGAUCCAAGCUUUAUCGUUAUGUUGCUCAAACGGGGGAGUACAAGGAACGUGGCAUUGGUGAUAUCAAGGUGCUUUUUAAUCCGGAAACAAAGCGAUAUCGUGUUGUGAUGCGUCGAGACCAAGUAUUCAAAGUAUGUGCCAAUGCACCUAUCAUUGGUGGCAUGAAAAUCAGUAAGAAACCAAAUACGGAUAACGCAUGCAUGUGGAUGUGCAAGGACUAUUCUGAAGAAAAAGAAGGCGUGAACGAAUGCUUUGUUGCGAAAUUCAAAGAUUCCAAACUUGCUGAUGAAUUUAUCGAUGCAUUCUCUCGAGCAGUGCGACAGGAGUGUCCUGCGAUGGAGUACAAGAAUACCGAUACAAACAGUUAG